CUCGCGAACCCUUUGACUUACUGGCAUGUCUUGGCAUCAAUCCACUGAAAUAGCACUACUAAUUCACAAGCACCCAUCUAAAAUUUCUAAGCUUUUUGUUAAUCUCUCCUCCUGAAAUUUAAAACCCAACAAGAAAUUCUUGAAUAAACAUCACCUUGUAAUUUCUACAUCCUAUGAAUUUCUCCCAAGGGUUGUUUGCCGUCUAAGACGUUUUUCUCUUUUUUACUGGAGAUGUCUGGCCCCAAUGGCAAGUCACAGAUGACUUUGAUCCUAUCGAAAUGACUGAAUUCUUCGGGAUGUUCAAGUCACAUUAAUCAGUCUUUGGCAACUCUUGGUUACUGGUAAUUGAAUUUUUAUUUUCAGUUCUUCCAGUUUCUCAAUAGAAGAAUGAGGGAUUUCGCCCGAACAAGAAGAUGAAGUUUUCGUUUUGUCUGGUGUUAUUUGUAUUACUGUACUAUUAUAUGUUUGACCAGGGGUAUUUUAGGAAUCAAAGUGAUAGAGAAUAAUGACGGGUGCACAGGAUCGCAUCAACUGUACAAAUUGGACUGCCGCCGAGCGCCGACUUACAUGCACUGGAUUGGGAAUUUUUUCAAUAGCACAAGGAUGGAUUGAUUGGUGCAAUUCAACCUUCGGGAAGGGGGCAAGGUAGGAAAAGAGUAACAUCGGUGUCGGAAUUCUUUAAAAUUUCCCCGAAAGGACGAUUCUGAGAAAUUAGACAGCUGUUCAAGAGUCGGUGUGGGAUGGCUUUCGUCUGCUUCGCUUGACAAAAUUGUAGGGCAGCUCGGUGUUUGAUAUUGAUCGCUUAAUUUUGUUGGGUUUUUGUUUUUGGCUUUGGGAUUACUGAAUUUCUCAAGAUCAAAUGGGAUGUCCGAAAGAAAGAUAUGAAGAACUUAAGCUACACGAGUCCUUAACAAAUCAAAGCUGCUCUCGUUACCCAUUGGCCUGCAAGGAGCUGGCAUUUAUCCUCAGAAAAGCCUACUCUAAAGCCCCAAAAAAUCUGCAAUCUUUGCUCUUCCAGGACACCCUCGAUGCCUUCCGCCUCCUCCCACAGGUACAGUCGCAAAAUGCCAUCUCAGCAGCUAAUCUCCUCCUCCAGAAUGCCGAGUCUACUCUUCCAAAACAAAAGAAGGUGUUGGCAGUCACAGAAUUCAAACAUGCCAUCGUAUCUUCUAAGAGGCGUAAUAAGGCCCAGCAAGAGGAAGAAGGCCCAUGCCAGUUUCCUGAAGAUAUCCUUAUACAUGUCUUCAGUUACUUAGAUUUGCAGUCUUUAGUUUCAGCUGCAAUGGUCUGCAGGUCAUGGAGUUCUGCAGCAGGUGACAACCAUCUAUGGGAGUCACUGUAUGUCAACUUCUUUGGUGGUUCUGAUAAAUACACUGAUACAGUAACUGGAAGUGACAUCUGUAUCAGAGAAAACUUCAAGAGAGUGUAUCAAGAAGUAUCGUCGAAGAAAGUUGCACCAUACAGGGGCUACUGUUGGCACUGUAGUUCAAUAGUGUGGCUCACCGACACUAGAUGUUAUAAUACACAUAUUGGACGAGAUUGCACAAAUCCCAAAGUUAUUCCAGUUUCAAUGGCUCAGAUUGUUGACUACGUAUUGUACGAUUCUCUUCCAUCAGAAUCUUCUUCAGACAGUAGUGAUGGUGAUAUAGAUGACCUGUGUGUUCUUAAGAUGUGGGCGUAUGCCAAGUAAAUCGGCCAACCUCUUCUGUGGCAUGGCAGUACAGACAUAAUAGAAGGUGAAUGUAUAUUUUUUGACAACAGAAUGGUGAAUAAUUAAAUUCUGAAUCCCAUUCGUACCUUCACACUAGGACCUUCGUUGCUAUAUUGGUUCUGUAAAUGGAACAUUAUCAGAUUGUGGUGCAUCUGAUUAGUAAUGCAUGACCUCUCAGUUCCUUCA